AUGGUUAACGCGGAAGGACAGCACGUGAUUGCAGGACGUCCGGUGAAAAUAGGCAUUGCGGUUUUUUGCGGAACAGUCUUGUCCGUCAAGGAAGAAACUCGAAAUGAAAUACCGGUGCGGUUAAUCACUCUAGACGACAGUACCGGGAUUUAUAACUUCGUCGACGUUAACCGGCUAGUAAAAGUAGAAAUCGGCCACAAAGUCAAAGUUUUUGGAAAAAUCCGACUUAAUAAAAACGGCAAAACAAUCGUGAUUGUGAACGUCAUCCGAAAAAUUGAUAAUCAAUUUCCCUCGGUGAUGAGUUGCUUCAUGUUGGAAGCGAUAAAUACGGUCAUGUUUGAAGAAAAAAUAGUGAAGGAGGAGCCAAAAAAGUCACCGCCUAAAAUAUUCACGAGCAAUGAAUUCUCCCAGCGUACGAGCGGAGUUCUAUCUGUUGUUAUCAACAACGAAAAUGAACAAGGGGCAAAUGUCUUCCAUGAUUUCAAAGCCCUUGAUUUGGACGAAAUGGACCUUCGAAUAAUCCUCAGCGAAUUAUCGAAUAAUGGUAUCCAAAAAUUUAACUCCAAAAAAGUAAUUAUUAAGGACAUAUCUACAGCACCAUAG